GUCCCUAGGUCCCUAUCCUCCGAGGACCGCCCUCGACCUUUGCCCUCACCCAUUUCCCCCUCCUCCUCCCCGCGCCAGGGACCCCGUCUCCGAAUAUCUGCACUCGUGCCGCCCCCCGCAUUUCUCCCCUCCCGCCGCAAACCCCGCGACCUCCAGCAGCCCGCCCCCGCGGGCCCGAUCCUGCCUGGCGGCUCCCGCCGCAGCCUGCUCAGCCUUCCCGCUCUCCCAGGGCUCGCGCCACUACACCCCCCCCCACCCCCGCCGUCCGCGCCGGGGCUUCCCUGUUCCCAACUCCUCCCGCCCCCUCGAAGCCCCCUCUCCCGCCCUGGCCAGUUGGCAUGCAGGUGUCUAUCGCGUGUACCGAGCAGAACCUUCGCAGCCGGAGCAGUGAGGACCGUCUGUGUGGACCCCGGCCGGGCCCCGGGGGCGGUAAUGGCGGGCCGGUCGGCGGGGGGCAUGGGAAUCCUCCGAGGGAAGGAGGGUCCGGCCCCAAGGCCCGGGCCGCACUGGUCCCCCGACCCCCAGCGCCCGCUGGGUCCCUCCGAGAGAGCACCGGCAGAGGCACUGGCAUGAAAUACAGGAACCUAGGAAAGUCUGGCCUUCGGGUCUCCUGUCUUGGCCUAGGCACCUGGGUCACGUUUGGUUCUCAAAUCUCGGACGAGGUAUACGUGAUGGGCCCUAGAAGCAGGACAGCAGAGGACGUGCUGACAGUGGCCUAUGAGCACGGUGUAAACCUAUUUGACACGGCUGAAGUCUACGCAGCGGGGAAGGCUGAAAGAACCCUAGGCAACAUACUCAAGAGCAAAGGAUGGAGGAGAUCAAGCUAUGUCAUCACCACCAAGAUUUUUGGGGGAGGACAGGCAGAAACCGAGCGAGGCCUGAGCCGCAAACACAUCAUCGAGGGCUUGCAAGGAUCCCUGGAGCGCCUCCAGUUGGGAUACGUGGACAUCGUCUUCGCCAAUCGCUCCGACCCCAAUAGUCCCAUGGAGGAGAUUGUGCGAGCCAUGACCUAUGUCAUUAACCAGGGCCUGGCCCUCUACUGGGGGACAUCCCGGUGGGGAGCUGCAGAAAUCAUGGAGGCCUACUCCAUGGCCAGACAGUUCAAUCUGAUUCCUCCAGUGUGUGAGCAAGCCGAGCACCAUCUGUUUCAGAGAGAGAAGGGGGAGAUGCAGCUGCCAGAGCUCUACCACAAGAUUGGUGUUGGCUCGGUCACCUGGUCCCCUCUGGCCUGUGGCCUCAUCACUAGCAAGUAUGAGGGGCGAGUCCCAGAGACCUGCAGGGCCACCAUCAAGGGCUACCAGUGGCUCAAGGACAAAGUGCAGAGUGAGGGUGGCAAGAAGCAGCCACAAGCCAAAGUCAUGGACCUUCUUCCCAUGGCUCACCAGCUGGGCUGCACUGUGGCGCAGCUUGCUAUUGCGUGGUGUCUCCGCAGCGAGGGUGUCAGCUCGGUCUUGCUGGGGGUGUCAAGUGCAGCGCAGCUGCUGGAACAUCUGGGAGCCCUGCAGGUGCUGAGCCAGCUGACGCCGCAGACGGUGAUGGAGAUAGACGGGCUUCUGGGGAACAAGCCGCCUUCCAAGAAAUAGUCCGUCGGGGGCGCAGGCACCCACACCCGGGCCGCCGCCGCCGCCGCCUCCCCCCUCCCGCCCCGGAUCCCUCCACGCCGCGGCCGCAGCCGGGGGGGCCCCGCCCCCUAACGAGUCCCGGCUUCGAGUAGCGAUGCGCAUGAACAAAGCCAUAUUCCCCGCAGUGGGGCUCGAGAGGCAAAGUAGUGCGCCGUCCGCCUCCCUGCGCUCGCUCCUCCAGGCCUUCUUGCUAAUCCCGGGCAUGAACCACCGGGCCGGCUCCUCUCUGCCCCUUGGUCUCCCUCCCUUCUCUUCUUCCCCUAAUCGCCGAGGCCCAGAGGAAGACAAAAAACAAAAAACAGGGCAGAUACAGGAAACUUGCACAUUACCUCAAAAGUGGCCCUUGACAUGUCAUCAAGGGAUAAUAACCUAAUAAGAAGGGAGUAGUGACGUCAUCUGGGACAAAGGCACGGGGGCUCUUAUUCUGUACAAAGGAAGCCAGGCUGGUCCUGGCAGGAAGUAAACGGCACCCUUUGAGGACCCUGCCUCCCAGCAGAAGGUGGAGGGGCGCUUACAUUAAAAAGUGUCAAUACUCGGUUCUUGCAAAGAAGGGGGUGGGGGGCGGGGGAUGCAGUGACACAGCACUGACGCAGGUAAAGGGAAGUGUGCUGGCAAAGCGAUUGGGGCGGGCUUGGGGAAAAGCUGGGCUGUGCUUUGCAGGACACUGGUGACAGCCUUUAGGUCAUGGUGGAGACCUGGGGCUGGACUGAAAAUGUCUGGGGAUAGACUUGUGAGCCUGGAGCAGGAUUUCCUACCUAGCAGUGGAGGGCUGCAGUCUUCCUCCUGGCAAUAAUCUUAAAGCAAUAAUGCCGGCCCCUCAUCUGUAAGACUUCUCCCAGGGAACUGUAAAUAAAAUCUCAGCUUGA